UCUGGGAGUGGAUGCGCGGUCAUGUGAUCAGUGUGUGGAGGCGGACGCAGAGACGCUCCCUCUGUUCAAUGGAACAACAACGCGGAGCAGAGAGUAAAUCAAUGACACUAAUGUCCGGAGCAGCAUCAGCCUCGGUGUCUGUCUGACUUCUUCAUUCGCAGCUUUGCUUCAAACGUGUUCGUGUGUUUGUGACCGAAGCUGUUGUCGGUGUCUACGUCAGCGUCCGCAUUCCUCCGCUGGCUGCUGAGAUUUAAAACAGCUCCGAUUAGUUUCAGUGAAACCAGAGACUUUGUCCAGUGUUUGUCCAUCAUUUAGCCACAGAGGAGGACAGCUGGAGGACAGAGGACACAGAGACACUCACGUGCUGAGUGGGGAGCUGUGUCGGUCUGCUGUCCGGACACUGACGGGGUUGGUAGAUCUGGAUCCAGAGCCAGAGUCCAGAGUGGAGGGAGGAGGCCAGGCUGGGCCCACCUCCGGCAGAGACCAUGACCACCUCUGUCGGCUCCGCAGCUCCUCACUGGAAAUCAGAGAAAAAGAAAUCAGAGAGAAGGGCUCGGAGAUCCUCAGGGAACAGCUGGAUGCUGCAAAGAGGGAACUGAAACUGAAAGAUAAGGAGUGCGAGCGUCUGUCUCAGGUCAGGAAUCAGCUGGAGCAGGAGCUGGAGGAGUUGACAGCCAGUCUAUUUGAGGAAGCUCACAAGAUGGUGAAUGAAGCAAACGUCAAACAAGCAGCAGCAGAGAAACAGCUCAAGGAGGCUCAAGGGAAGAUUGACGUCCUGCAAGCAGAGGUGACAGCGCUCAAGACUCUGGUGUUGACAUCCACACCUUCCUCACCGAACCGCCAGCUGCAUCCACAGCUCCAGCCUUCGGGAACCAGGGGGGCGUACAAACACGUUGGGGGACAUGUCCGCAACAAGAGUGCGAGCAGUACCUUUCCGUCCUCAUCUGGAAAACCAGAACCUUCUUCAGUCUCCAUUCAGCCUGUGGCCAAAGAAGACCAAGAGCCUGCUGUUCCUGCUCUCCUCUCUCUGAUUCUCUGCCUGGUUCCCGGACAGUCUGUCAGUAUGACCUAUGACUCUUACUGGCAGCAGCGGGGAGAGGGUUUAGACACUGACAGCAGACAGAUGGACUCAGUUCUUUAUGCAGAGUUUUUGAUGUGGAAGGAACAUCCGAGUUUCGACCGCUCCUCCGCCUUCCUGGGACGAAUCUACAGAGAAGACAUCAGACCCUGUCUCUCCUUCACAAGAUCUGAGCUGUCCCAGCUGGUGCAGAGUGCCGUGGAAAACAACUCUCUGACCAUCGAGCCUGUGGCCAUGUCAGCGUUACCGAUGGUAAAGGCCUCAGCUGUAGAGUGUGGAGGCCCCAAAAAAUGUGCAUUAAGUGGCGUGUCACGGCUCUGUCGACAUCGCAUUAAACUCGGCGACAAGGGGAGCUACUAUUACAUCUCUCCUUCCAGCAGAGCACGGAUCACAGCAGUUUGCAACUUUUUUACUUAUAUCCGCUACAUCCAGCAGGGCCUGGUGAGACACAAUGCCGAGCAGAUGUUCUGGGAGGUGAUGCGUUUCCGCAGAGAAAUGACUGUGGCCAAGUUAGGUUUCUACCUCACUGACCUGGGUUAGAGGAUCUGACGGGACAUGGGAACACCCGAUGUAACUUGCAUGAUCCAAGGACUUUAAAUUUUCAGAUGUGUCUGAGUUAAACUGUGGUAACAAAAGGUCUUGGUACAUUUUUUGGAAGCAGAGCUUAUGAGGCGUUCGCACUGCAGCAGAGGUCAACCAACAAGGGAGGCGGAGCAUGCUCUAGUGCCACUUCUGCGUAUGCAAUAAGAGAUUUUUAAUUAAACCAGCACAGCAAGAAAAAAAUAAAACUAGCACAAUUUGAUAUAGGAUUGUGUUACUUCCAGAUAUGUAAAAUAUAUUCCUCCAUUACAGUGCAGGACACAGGAUUAGUUUCCGUUUAUUAUUUUUUCAUCAUGUAAGCUCUGAACCUCCCAGGUGGAGUGAACACAUCGUCUCUUGUGAACACAAUAGAUUGUAUGUAUCAUGUUUCUGGCAUUACUCUGUUAGAAAGAUGAGCACAGGAUGGAAGCAGUCGAGAAGGUUUAGUCGGUGUCUUACCUCAAGUAUUACAGACUUAGACAACUAUAUGUCACAUGUAAGAUGUGUGAGGUUGAUAUUAUCUGUGUAGUUUCCAUAAAGCAAUGAUUUCGGUUGUUUGCUUUAUUUUUACAUUAGUGUGACGCUCCCUAAGCUUCUCCUAGUUUCUUCAGUUAUGAAGUUAAACACCACAAACGAGAUGUUUUAUCUUGGGAUGUUAAUGCACUCUCACUACAUUACUUGUUUUAGAGGCCUUCUUUAAAAAAAACACUUGAAAAUCCGUUUCCCAUUAGGCUGAACCAAAUAAUCAUUUAUAUUAUUAAUUAAUUAUUAUACCAUUCAACAUAGAGACAGCUUUACGAUAUAUAAACAGACAAUAAACAAGCUUUAAUACAUUUUAUCUCAACAUGUUCAACUGUUGGAACAGUAGCUUUGCAUGUCUACAAUGAACUGUAUCUACAUUAACUAUAAGCCAUAAAGGACUUUGCAUGAGUGCAGCACAUAGCCAUAUUAUGCAUAAUUACAUUGUAUAUUGGUUUUACCUUGUAGUAAAGAUUUAGAUCAGUUUUUACAGAAGACAAUCUGUUUAAGGUAAGAAAUGAAGAAUGUUGUGUCAGAAAGUGCAAUAACUGCUUAUCUUAUCCUGGUCAUUACCUGUGUUCUCGGGUGUAAAAACAAAGGCAGUGUCACCUUUGUACCAUGUGUGAUUUACAGCUUUUGUUUGUAUAAAGUCUGAUGGCAGUAAAAUGGAUCAGUUUGACUUUGGUUUCA